AUGGGCGGUGCGGUGCUGGCAGAGGAGCGUAGAACCCGACUUUUGGAACUGGUGCGAGCCCGUGGGUUCGCGUCGUUGCCCGAACUUGCAGACGAAAUGCAGGUUUCCAAGGCCACCAUCCGUCGGGAUCUCGACGUGCUGGAAGAAGGCGGAACGGCCAAACGCACGCACGGCGGCGUGUUCUACGCCGGCGAUGCCCCCAAGCUGCCGCACUUCGAAGAGCAAGAACCCGAGCAAUGGGACAAGAAGCGGCUCAUCGCCCUCGCUGCCGCGGAGUUGAUUGAAGAUGGCGAUACCGUGCUGCUCGACGGCGGCACAACAACCUACGAAGUGGCCCGGCUCUUGGUGGGGCGGCCGCUUCAAGUGGUGACCAACAGCCUCCCGGUGGCCAACCUCUUCGCCGCAAGUGCGACGACAGACUUGGUCUUCAUCGGAGGAUUUGUUUACCCACGCACCGGCGUCACGCUGGGACCGUAUGCCGACGAGAUGCUUAGCUCGUUGGGGGUUCAGCGAACUGUCCUCAGCGUGGGCGGGCUCACCGACGAAGGGUUUUACAACAGCAACCUGCUGCUGGUGCAAACCGAACAGGCCAUGAUGCGAGCCGCCGAUGAGGUGAUCGUGGUGGUCGAUAGUUCGAAGUUUGGCCGCCGCAGCCUGUGCCCUUUGUGUGAGCUGGGAGACGUCGACCGCAUGGUGGUCGACAACGACGUCACGGAAGACUGGCGAAGCAAGAUUACCGCGGCCGGCGUCGAACUAAAGAUCGCCGGACCGACCUUGGCUGUUAGCGUUUCGGCCCGUCACGUGCAUCUCACCGACGAGCAUGUCGAAACCCUCUUCGGCCCCGGGCAUACCCUCACGCCGAUGAAGCCCCUGUACCAAGAGGGCUUCUACGCGGCCGAAGAAACCGUGAUGGUGGUCGGCCCCCGCAAACGCAUGUUGCCGGCCGUUCGCGUGCUGGGACCCACGCGACCACACAGCCAGGUGGAACUGGCCUUCACCGACGGAAUCUCAUUGGGAAUCGACUUGCCUGUGCGGGCCAGCGGCAAAAUCGACGGCACCCCCGGCUGCGUGCUGGUGGGCCCCAAGGGCGUGGUCGAGUUGACCCAAGGCGUGAUUCGCGCCGAACGGCAUGUGCAUAUGAACCUCGAACACGCCGCCUACUACAAAGUGAAGAACGGCGACCGCAUGAGUCUCCGGAUUCAAUCCUCCUGCGGUCUCGUGCUGGAAGACCUGUUGGUUCGAGCCGACGAGACGAGCAAGCUUGAAGUGCAUCUCGAUACCGACGAAGGCAACGCCAGCGACCUGGACCAUGCCAAGGGCCUGAUCACGCUCAUCGAGGCCAGCGACGCGAUGAUCAAAGCCGCCAAUGUUGAGUACCUCGGCUGGAGCAAGAUCGGAAGCGGACUGGUCACGGCAUUUGUCACAGGCGACGUCGCUGCAGUGAAGGCUGCCACCGACGCAGGCGCAGCCGCGGGCGGACGCAUUGGCGAAAUCCUCGCCGUGCAAGUCAUUCCUCGACCGCACGAAGACCUGCAAAGCAUUCUGCCGGCCCAACUAACCAAGGCCGGCCUCGUCGCCCUCAUCGAAGCGACCGACACCAUGGCCAAAGCCGCCAACGUCGAGAUCGUGAAGCAAAUCCAAAUCGGUGGUGCCUACGUAACGACCAUCGUCCGCGGCGACGUGGGCAGUGUUCGUGCGGCCGUCGAAGCCGGUGCUGCAACCGCCUCGCAAAUUGGCGACCUGGUUGCCAGCCACGUCAUUCCGCGAGAAACGCCGAUGAAGGUCCUGGUUGCCAACUUAGGAUCGACGAGCUUCAAGUACCGCUUGUUCGACAUGGAAGACGAGCGCCAACUGGCGCGCGGAGGCACGGAACGGAUAGGCGCCGAGCAAAGCAGUCAGUUCGUCGAAAUUGGCGACCAUCGGCACGAAAGCGUCGUGCCGGUGCCCGACCAUGCGGUGGCCGUACGUUUGUGUCUCGAGCAGUUGACCGAUGCGGAACACGGUUGCUUGUCGGAUGUCUCGGAGGUGUCGGCCAUCGGCUUCAAAGCCGUACAUGCCGGCUCGACCAGCGGAACCCAACUGGUCACCCCCGAGGUGCUCACCGCCAUGGAGUCGAUGGCCCGCGUGGCCCCGGCUCACAACCCUCCGUAUGUGAAGGCGAUGCGAUUGCUAAGCGAACGGGUGCCGGAGAUCCCGCUGAUUGCCGCAUUCGAAACCGGCUUUCACGCGACCAUCCCCGAUCGCAACCGUUACUACGCGGUGCCCUAUGAAUGGGCCACCGAGCACGAUGUGCUCCGCUGGGGUUUCCACGGUGCCAGCCAUCGCUACAUCGCCGAACGUACGGCCGAACUGCUCGGUCGCAGCGACGCGCGGAUCAUCUCGUGUCACUUGGGCGGAUCGGCAUCACUGUGUGCCAUCCGCGAUGGAAAGAGUGUGGCCACCAGCAUGGGAAUGAGUCCUCAAACUGGGCUGCCACACAACAAUCGGGUUGGCAACUUCGAUGUGUUCGCCUUGCCCGUGCUGAUGGAAAAGACGGGCAAGUCGUUAGACGAAUUGCUCGAUGAACUGGCCGAACGAAGCGGACUGCUGGGCCUCAGCGGGGUGAGUGGCGACGUUCGAGAUUUAGAAGCGGCUGCCGAAGAGGGAAGCGACCGGGCGCAAAUGGCCAUCGACGUGUUCGUCGGGGCCGUGCGGGAAUACCUGGGUGCUUACCUGGUCGAGUUGGGCGGGGCCGAUGCGAUCGUGUUCACCGGUGGAAUCGGCGAACACGGCGCGGCGAUUCGUUCCCGCGUGUGUCAGGGGCUGGAAGACCUGGGCAUCGUGCUCGACCAGUUGGCCAACACCCAGGUCAAAGACGAAGCACGCAUCGACGCCACCGGAAGUCGCACGCAACUGUGGGUGGUAACCGGACACGUCGUCGCCACCCAAAAGGUGUCGAACAUGGUCGGCCAAAAGCUGCUCAUCGUCGAACCCUAUAAGGUGGACGAAGACGAUCGCUCCCGGCUAAAGAGCACCGGCCGCACCUUUGUCGCUGUCGACACCGUCGGCUCGGGCGUGGGCGAGUACGUGCUUAUCGUGCAAGGAUCCAGCGCCCGCCUGACCGACGAAACUAAAUCACUACCGGUCGACGCGGCCAUCAUCGGCAUCGUCGAUGCCGUGCAUGUCGAAUCGGCCUGCGUUUACGACCGUGACGAAAACGAAGUGCUGUCCCAAAUGAAGACGACUCCGGCCACCCCCAUGGGUCGUGGCUUUCAAGGUCGUCACGGCGUCUUCGAUUGCGUCGACGAAGCGGUCACGGCCGCUCGCGAAGCUUUCGAGCGUUUGUCCGAGCGGACCAUGGACGACCGCCGACGAAUCAUCGAUCACAUCCGUCGCAUCUCCAUCGACCAACGCGUCGAGCUGGGCACGAUGGAAAUGGAAGAGACCAAGAUCGGUCGCCUGGAACACAAGAUCGAAAAGCUCGAAACGCUCGGCAAGAAAACGCCCGGCGUCGAGUUCAUGCGGAGCGAAGUGUUCAGCGGCGAUCAUGGUCUGGCCGUGAUCGAACACGCCCCCUUCGGUGUCAUCGGGGCCAUCACCCCCGUCACGCACAGCCUGCCCACCAUCACGGGCAACGCCGUGAGCAUGAUCGCCGGCGGUAACACGCUGGUGGUGAACCCGCACCCCUCCGGCAAACGCGUGGCCGCCGAAGGCGUACGCCGCUUCAAUCAAGCCAUCUAUGCCGACCUGGGAAUCGACAACCUCAUCUGUGUGAUUUCCGAACCCACGCUCGAAUCGGCCGAACAAAUCUUCAACCACCGUGGUGUCGCACUCAUCUGCGUCACCGGCGGACCGGUCGUCGCGCGGGCCGCCAUGCAGUGCGGCAAACGGGCCAUCGUCGCCGGGCCCGGCAAUCCGCCCGUGGUGGUCGACGAAACGGCCGACCUCAAGCGAGCCGCCGAGUCAAUCAUUCAAGGCGCCUCGUACGACAACAACCUGCUGUGCAUUGCCGAGAAGGAAGUCUUCGUCGUCGGCAGUGUGUUCGAAGAGUUCAUGACCGCCAUGGAACGUGCCGGCGCCGCACGGCUGAACGCCGCGGAAGUCGAUGCCCUCACUGCGGUGGCCAUCACCCAAGUGGGCGAAGGCGAGCAUCGUCACGAUGUGGCCUCCAAAGAUCUGUUGGGGCAAGACGCCACCGUGCUGGCCCGCGCGAUCGGCAAAAACGUGGCGCCGCAAACCGAACUGCUGUUCGGCGAAACACCCGAGACGAAUCCCUUCGUGCCGGUCGAGCAGAUGAUGCCCUUCGUCCCGGUGGUGCGUUGCAAGAACGUCGACGAAGCGAUCGCCAAGGCACAUCACUUCGAACACGGCUUCCGCCACACCAGCCUCAUCCAUUCGAACAACGUUCGGAACAUGACCAAGAUGGGCCGCACGAUGGACACCACACUGUUCGUCAAGAACGGCCCCAGCAUGGCUUCGCUAGGUCUGGGCGGCGAAGGUUACAUCUCGUUCUCCAUCGCCACCCCCACCGGCGAAGGCUUGCUGAUGGCCGACGCAAGCCGGUCCGACGGAACACCACAACUCGCCAUCGACAACCUGGGCGCCGCCCGCAACGACAUCGUCAUGCUCACCAGCGACGGCAAAGGCACCCGCACGAUGAUCGGCGACGACAACACGCCCGUCCGCUGGAGCGUGAUGGGAAUACGAACCCUCGCCUCGGCAUCGACCGUCGAUGUCGAUCUGGUGGUGCGCGAAGUGUUGCGGCGGCUGAUGUCCGAUCGCCCGCUCAGUUCGCCCGUGACUGUGGCUUCCCAACCCACAUCGCUAGCGGUCCCACAGGCCCCCGGCAACCUAAACUUGUCGCAACGGGUCAUCACCUUGGCAGACGUCGAAGGACGUCUCCACGGAGCCCAAACACUAACCGUUCCCGUCGGUGCGGUUGUCACCCCGGCGGUUCGCGAUGAAUUGAAACAACACAACGUCACGCUGCGGCACUCAGACGGUCACACCACCUCGGCCCCGGCGUCCACCUCGCUGGUCGUCGCUACCGCCGGCACCACGUUCAAUGCAGCCAGCCUGAUCAAAGCGAUGGAAGACACCGGAACCACCAUCGAACAAAUCGAAUCCACCAACCUGACCGCCGCCGUAAGUCAGGUGUCGGAUGUCGUCUGCCAGGGCAAUCGCCUGGGGGUGCUGCUCACCGACAAACCUGCUAUGGCCGCCUGCAUGGCCAACCGCGACGCUCGCAUUCGGGCCGCCGUCGCACGUUCGCUGGCCGACGUGUCUGCGGUAGUCGACUCACUGGGGGCCAACCUGCUGAUGAUCGAACCACUGAGCACCGGCAUGUACGCCCUGCGGAUGCGGAUGUUCAUCGGCGAAGUAAUCGGAACGGUCACCCUGAACCGCAGCCACCCGAACCUGAAGAGCGGGCGUUAUCGCCUCGUGGUACCGCUGUCGCUCGAGAACCUGGAAGGAACCUCCACCGAGCGGGCCGAAGCCAUCGUGGUCUACGACGACCUGUCCGCAGGCAACGGUUCGUUGAUUGCCGUAAGCCAAGGCGGAGAGGCCGCACAGCCUUUCCAGCCAGAAAUGAAACCGGUGGACGCUUACAACGAAAUGUGCGAGAUCGGCCGCCGCGUUUACAACAAAGGUUUCGCGGCCGCCAACGACGGCAACAUCAGCUACCGCCUGAGCGAAAACGAAGUGCUCUGCACGCCGACGAUGAUCUGCAAAGGCUUCAUGAAGCCCGAAGAUUUGUGCACCGUCGACAUGGAAGGCAACCAGCUCUCCGGCCGUCGCAAACGAACCAGCGAAGUGCUGCUGCACCUGGCCAUCAUGAAGAAGCGGCCCGAGAUCAAAGCCUGCUGCGUUCUGCCGGAAGUGGAAGUCUUCCUCGGCGAAGUACCGAUGACCAAGUACGAAACUCCGGGCGGGCAACACUUCGCCGACACGGUGCUGCCGUUUGUCGAGAAGUCGAAUGUGAUCAUCCUCGCCAACCACGGCACCGUCAGCUACGGCGAUACGCUGGAACGGGCCUACUGGUGGACCGAGAUCCUCGACGCCUAUUGCAACAUCCUCUUGAUGGCCCGUGGGCUGGGGCGAGUUAACUACUUCGACCCGCAACAAACCCGCGAGCUGUUAGACCUCAAGCAACGCCUGGGCUUCGCCGAUCCGCGUCUCGAAAAGGAGAUGGAGAAUUGCGAUCUGUGUGCCAACGAUACGUUCCGCAAUAGCUGGCACGAAACCGGCGUUUCUGAAUCGGCCUUCAGGGCUCCCGAUCAUUCCGCCAGCAACAAUAUCGUGCAAGCCGCUUCGGUGCCCGGUGGGGCCGCCCCCGAAGUCACCCGCGGUGGCGAUCAGGAACUCCUCGUGCAAACCAUCACCGACCGCGUGCUGGCCGCACUGAACAACCGUUAA